UGACUUCAGUAUGAAGAGACCCAGGUCCGGUACCGACCCCCUUCACCGUCGAGCUCCAGCACCGCUCCCACGGCGACUUUUGGGUCUUUUAUCAGGGAGGAGAAAACACAAGUGUCCGGGCGCUCAGACUGCACAGAGGAGCCACGGCUGGACUGAGUCUCCACGGUUCUCAUGGCGUGUUUAAGUGCCGCCUCUCGCUCCGGGCUUUUCAACAGUCCGGUCAGUCAGUCGACAGCUUAGAGGGAGUCAUGGCAGAAGUAGCGCCCGCUCCAGCCGCCGCCCCUGCUAAGGCGGCCAAGAAGAAGGUCUCCAAGCCGAAGAAGGUCGGCCCCAGCCUCGGUGAGCUCAUCGUGAAUGUCGUGGCCGCAUCCAAGGAGCGGAGCGGCGUGUCGGCGGCCGCCCUCAAGAAGGCGCUUGCUGCCGGGGGCUACGAUGUGGAGAAGAACAAGGCCCGCGUCAAGACCGCCAUCAAGAGCCUGGUGACUAAGGAGACUCUGGUCCAGACCAAGGGGACCGGGGCCUCCGGCUCCUUCAAGAUCAACAAGAAGGCCGAACCCAAGGCCAAGAAGCCCGCCGCCAAGAAGCCCGCCCCCAAAGCCAAGAAGCCCGCCGCCAAGAAACCCGCAGCGGCCAAAAAGCCCAAGGCAGCGGCAGCUAAGAAGCCAGCAGCUGCCAAGAAAUCCCCCAAGAAGCUCAAGAAGCCGGCGCCGGCCAAGAAAGCAGCCAAGAGCCCCAAGAAGCCCACCAAGAGCCCCAAGAAGGUGGUCAAGAAGGCCCCGGCGCCCAAGAAAGCCCCUGCCAAGAAGACCGCCAAGCCCAAGGUCAAGAAGACAGCAGCCAAGAAGAAGUGAGCUCUACUCACUCUGAAACACCUUCAUCCUGAU